CUUAUCAUGCAGUUGGGCUUGGAGGAAGCAUUGCCAUCUUUGGUGAAGGCCAAAUUCGCUACUGCGAAAGCCAGUCAAGCGUUGAUCUUUUCAUCCACCGAGCUUUCUGUCUUGCGUACCAAGUCCGGUGCACCUUAUACCAGNUUCCAACUUCGUUACUGUCCGGCAUUAGCAAAAAAGCCCAAAGACAACGAUGGCAACAACAAAGCGAAAGGCCCAAAGCCAGAUCCCUUUGAUAACCCCUCUUCGGACCUGCUCAUUGCGAAUAUACCCACGAUCAAACCUAGCCAUUUGCUUGUCUUGAACAAGUAUCCUGUCAUUCCUGAGCAUUUCAUCGUUGCAACAAAGCUCAAUAAACAACAAACACACAUGCUUGAGCAAGAUGAUCUAGCUGCCACACAUGCUUGCCUAAAGGCAUGGGAAGAGAAUAAGCAGAAUGGGAAGCUGUUUGCUUUCUUCAAUUCUGGCGAGCACAGUGGAGCCAGUCAGCCACAUAGGCACCUGCAGUUUCUGAGCGUUGAUGAGAUGAAGCGAGAUCAACGAGACGCCUCGAGCUGGGAUCCGCUGAUCGAACGCAUGCUGCAAGCUCCUGCUGAAGAGGUCAAAGAAUUGAGGACUAAUCCUGAUCUGCCCUUCACUCAUUAUGCAACUCAGCUCCCCCAUGAGCCUAGUCCAGACACUCUCUACUCAACAUAUAACAAAUUAUACGAAGCAGCUGCUGCCGCAGUCAGAUCGUACAUCUCGUCUAACCAGAACUCGGGCCUCGAGUUGCACCCAUCCGAGGGAGGAUCGUCACCCAUCAGCUACAACCUCGCCAUGACAACUUCGGCCAUGGCUAUAGUUCCGCGCAGAAAUGAGGGCGCUUCAAUAAAAAACAGAUAUGGUGUCGAAGUCGGUAGCGUGGCUCUGAACGGCACACUGUUGGCCGGAACUUUGAUGGUCAAGCUAGAGGACGAAUGGAACGCUUUGCGAGACGACGAGCAACAACUCGAUGAAAUCUUGACAGCAAUCGGUAUACCCAGGUAG